CGAGUCAGCGCUGUAAAUUCAACCCCACCGAGAGGACAAAUGCCCAAAUCAUUCGUCCGCUCAAAAACUAGGGUUUAGUCUUCCCCAAAGAUGGCUCAAAUCAAGUCGGUCUCAGCCCUCGCUUGAUCGAUCCGUACAAGUUGGCAAGAAGCUAUCCGCCGAUGUCGACGGUUAGGCCGUCUCGCUCUCCGGCCGACGACGGUAGUACUACCAACGGCGUCGACACGACGCCGUUGCUUUCGGAUCAGAUCUUCCGGAGCCGGCGGUUUGGGCGGCGGCAGCCGAGCCUCCGCGGAGCGGCGCGGUUCCUCCGGCGCGUGAGCAGCCGGAGGAUGAUGCGCGAGCCAUCGAUGCGCGUGCGCGAGGCGGCGGCGGAGCAGAUCGAGGAGCGCCAGAGCCACUGGGCCUACUCGCGUCCGCUCGUGGUCCUCGACCUCAUGUGGAACAUAGCGUUCGUCACCAUCGCCGUCGUCGUGUUGGUGCUGAGCCAGAGAGAAUCGCCGAGCACGCCGUUGAGGCUUUGGAUUGUCGGCUAUGCCCUCCAAUGUCUGCUUCACAUGGUGUGCGUGUCUGUCGAGUACAAGCGGCGGCGUACUUCACUGGAUAGUUUGCGAUCCCGAGGGCAGAGUGGUGGUUGGUGGGGCAGAUUGAAUUCCAGUUCGAGCUUGGACAGUGAUGGAACAGACGCCGAGGAUUAUCUGCAGGAGCGGCCUCAGAGUGAAGAUGACAGUAGUGUUGCCAAGCAUCUGGAAUCUGCAAAUACAAUGUUCUCAUUUAUUUGGUGGAUCAUCGGAUUCUAUUGGGUAUCCUCUAAUGGUGAAACUUUAACACACGAUGCUCCUCAACUUUACUGGCUCUGCAUGACAUUUUUGGCAUUUGAUGUGUUCUUUGUUGUUAUCUGUGUUGCUGUGGCAUGUGUCAUUGGUAUUGCUGUUUGCUGCUGUCUACCAUGUAUCAUUGCGAUCUUAUAUGCAGUAGCAGAUCAGGAAGGAGCAACAACGGAAGACAUUGAAAGGCUGCCCAAAUUCAAAUUUCGGAGGAUUGGUGAAUUUGAGAAACAAAAUGGGGAGAUCCAAGAAUCCUUUGGAGGAAUAAUGACUGAAUGUGAUACUGAUAUGUCCAUUGAACGAGCCCUUUCUGCAGAGGAUGCUGAAUGCUGUAUUUGCAUUUGUGCCUAUGAUGAUGGAACUGAACUGCGGGCACUCCCCUGCCAUCACCAUUUCCACUGUUCCUGCAUCGACAAGUGGUUAUACAUCAACGCGACAUGCCCUCUCUGCAAAUUCAAUAUACUGAAGAAUGGCAAUCAAAGUGGAAGUGAGGAACCCUAGGAAUGCUUGUUCUUCAUCAACUGAUAGGUCAGUAUCUUGUGAUUCAUGUUUCACAUCUCCCAUAUUCUUCUUCAAGUGCCACUGCACCUCCAAUGAGGAACCAUUCUACUUGAAGUGCAGCUACAAGUAUAUAAGAACAUUAAAAAGGUUAUUUUUCUCUUCCUUGUAUUUAUUGGCUCUUCUAGUUCUUGUGUUUGUGUUUCUGUGGUUGAUGUAUACAUAGUUUUAUUCUCUUUUUAUUAUUUAAUUUUUUGUUCUAGUCCUAGACUCUUAACAGUUUGAUGGUAGUCUACCUGCCUUGUAUAUCUAACUUGUUGGAAUUGAAUGUUAUUAGGAGAGCAAGUUCUUCUUCUUA